AGAGCGGGGGGGGGGGGGCGGAAGGAAGGAAUUAGGAAUUACAGGCUUGUAAGGCUCUGGGGCUCAGGUGGAAGCAGUGCAAAGUCGGCAAGAGCCAAAAAGGGGGAAAGAGCUCGCCGUCGCAUGGCUUGCUUGUGUUUGUGCGCCUAGAACUCCGCAAAGGAGCUGGCACAGCCCAAGCGCCAGGGAGCUGCCCCAGCCGUCAGAUGAUCCCAGCUCCCUUGGAUGGGGGGAACCUAAGGCGGUCCCGGUCAUGGAACCAAGUCCAUGGGGACCCUUUUCCUCACCUGGGUGGGGGAGCCUGGUUUUCUGCCCCACUUCCCGUGGGCUGGCCUCUGUCCCAGUGCUGAAGGCACAGAGACGGGAUGCCUGCCCUCACGGAGCUUGUGCUCUACACCAAGCCGAGGGGCACAGCGUCUCUAGCGGAGCUGGGAUGGCUGAGCCCGUCCUCCCCCCCGCUUCCUGGGCACCUCCUGAACACUCGGAGUCAAUGUUUGUGUCCCUCUGCCCCCCCCCCACCCCACCCCCCGUGUGGCGAGCAUAGCAAAGUCUGGGAGAAGGAAGGGGGGCUGCUUGGCCAAGCCAUUUAGGGUCCAUUUUGCUUCGUAUACAGGAUGAGACCCUUUGGCCACACAGACAGAAGGGAGAGUGAGGGCAAAGCCCGAAGGGCUCGGGGACUGAGCCCGGGCUCUGUCACUGGGGAGGAGCCUCCCUCUCCCAACACUCUUCUGCCCCCGAGAGAGGCCAGAGCCCCAGCUGGCUGCCGAGUGAGCCAGUCCAGCCCCUCGCCUCCUUGCCUGUGCUCAGCGGCCGCCCGCUCCCGCGACCUGCCGGGAUUGCAAGGGAUAUGAUUUUCCCCCUGAGGACUGCUUUAGCUGCAUCUCAGAAAUUUUGGUGUCCUGGUCCCCCUGCCCUGCCCCGCCCCUCCAUGAGCUGCUGUUCUGAUGCAGCCCAUGGUCAUGCAGGGAUGUCCCUACACAUUCCCACGAUGUCAUGAGUGGCGGGCAGCUGAGCAACCCCAGCACAACGCUGGCCUCAACACCACCCGCCCCCAGCCUCAGGUUAGAGCCACAGCUGCGGCUUCUCAGGAUGGUACGGGGCCGACCUGUGUGAGGCAGCAGGUCCCGAACGGUGCCGUCGGGCCCCUGGAUGCUCCAGCCAUGAAUCUGUGUUGGAAUGAAAUCAAAAAGAAGUCCCACAACCUCCGGGCUCGACUCGAGGCCUUCUCAGAUCCCAGUGGGAAGCUGCAGCCCCCUCUUCAAGAGAUCAUUGAUUGGCUCAGCCAGAAGGAUGAGGAGCUGUCCGCUCAGCUGCCACUCCAGGGGGCCGUGGCCCUGGUCCAGAAGGAAAAGGAGACUCAUUCGGCUUUUAUGGAAGAGGUCAAGUCCCGAGGCCCCUACAUCUACUCAGUCCUCGAGUCGGCUCAGGCCUUCCUAUCCCAGCACCCGUUUGAGGAACUGGAAGAACCCCACUGUGAGAACAAAGACGCUUCCCCCAGACAGAAGAUCCAGAACCUCAGCCGCUUUGUGUGGAAGCAGGCGACCGUGGCCAGCGAGCUGUGGGAGAAGCUGACCGCCCGCUGUGUGGAUCAGCAUCGCCACAUUGAGCGUACCUUGGAGCAGCUGCUGGAGAUCCACGGAGCCAUGGGGGAGCUUGGAAAUGCCCUGACUCAGGCCGAGGGCAUCCGGGCUACCUGGGAGCCCAUCGGGGACCUCUUCAUCGAUUCCUUGCCAGAGCACAUUCAGGCCAUUAAGCUGUUCACAGAGGAGCUGGCCCCGGUGAAGGAGGGGGUGAAGUUGGUGAACGAGCUGGCUCACCAGCUGGCCAUCUCUGAUGUGCACCUCUCCAUGGAGAACUCCCGGGCCCUGGAGCAAAUCAAUACCCGCUGGAAACAGCUGCAGGCUUCAGUUAAUGAACGGCUCAAGCAGCUCCAGGAUGCCCACCGUGACUUUGGGCCAGGAUCCCAGCACUUCCUGUCCACCUCCGUGCAGGUCCCCUGGGAAAGAGCAAUUUCACCCAAUAAAGUGCCCUACUACAUCAACCAUCAGGCCCAGACCACAUGUUGGGACCACCCCAAGAUGACUGAGCUAUACCAAACACUGGCUGACCUGAACAACAUCAAGUUCUCAGCUUACCGGACGGCCAUGAAACUCCGCCGAGUCCAGAAGGCCCUACGCUUGGACCUGGUAACCCUGAACACGGCUCUGGAGAUCUUCAAUGAACACGAUCUGCAGCCCAGUGAGCACGUGAUGGAUGUGGUCGAGGUCAUCCACUGCCUGACAGCCCUGUAUGAGCGGCUGGAGGAAGAGAGGGGCAUCUUGGUGAAUGUGCCACUCUGUGUGGACAUGAGCCUCAACUGGCUCCUCAACGUGUUUGAUAGUGGGCGCAGUGGAAAGAUGCGAGCCCUGUCUUUUAAGACCGGCAUUGCCUGCUUGUGUGGAACAGAAGUGAAAGAGAAAUUUCAGUACCUCUUCAGCCAGGUGGCCACCGCGGGCAGUCAGUGUGACCAGCGCCACCUGGGCGUUCUGCUGCACGAGGCCAUCCAGGUGCCCCGCCAGCUGGGGGAAGUGGCCGCCUUCGGGGGAAGCAACGUGGAACCCAGUGUCCGCAGCUGCUUCCGCUUUAGCACUGGGAAGCCGGUCAUUGAAGCCGCCCAGUUUCUGGAGUGGGCCAACCUGGAGCCACAGUCCAUGGUAUGGCUGGCUGUGCUGCACCGCGUGACCAUCGCAGAGCAGGUGAAGCACCAGACCAAGUGCUCUGUGUGCAGGCAGUGCCCCAUCAAAGGCUUCAGGUACCGGAGCCUUAAGCAGUUCAAUGUGGACAUCUGCCAGACCUGCUUCCUGACGGGCAGGGCCAGCAAAGGGAACAAGCUACACUACCCCAUCAUGGAGUAUUACACGCCGACUACUUCGAGUGAGAACGUGAGGGAUUUUGCUACGACGCUGAAGAACAAGUUCCGGUCCAAGCAGUAUUUCAGCAAACACCCUCAGAGAGGAUACCUGCCCGUGCAGUCUGUGCUGGAGGCGGACUACACCGAGCCGCUGGCCUCCUCUCCGAUGCUGCCACACUCCGAUACACAUUCCCGCAUCGAACACUUUGCCAGCAGGCUCGCCGAGAUGGAAAGCCAGAACUGCUCCUUCUUUAAUGAUAGCCUGUCCCCUGAUGACAGCAUCUACCUGCCAGAGGGGAAAUUCAGGCACGGGAAAGGGAGGUGUCAUGGUCGGGACCAGCCAGUAAACCGCAAGGAGGACUCGGGCGUCCCAAGAGCACUUGCUUGCCCCCAGAUCCCCACAGCCACCCCAGCCUUCUCCCGGCAAAGCCUGGAUACGCGGCCCUUCUCUCUCUCUAGGCGAUUACGAGAUGAAGAUCAGUAUCUGCUGAGGCACUCGAGCCCCAUCACGGACCGGGAGCCCACUUUUGGGCAACAAGCCCAGGACGCCGCGGCUGCCGAUGACAAGGGGGAGUUGGAGAAGAUCCUGGCUCACUUGGAGGAUGAGAACCGGAUCCUUCAGGGGGAGCUGCGUCGCCUGAAGUGGCAGCACGAAGAGGCCGCCGAGGGUCCCCCCGAGGCAGCCCAGGACUCCCGCAACGAGGAACUCUUGGCCGAAGCCAGGCUCCUUCGGCAGCACAAGAGCCGCUUGGAGACCCGCAUGCAGAUUCUGGAGGACCACAACAGGCAGCUGGAGUCACAGCUGCUGCGUCUGCGGGAGCUGCUGCUGCAGCCACCCACUGAAUCAGAAGGCAAUGGCUCUGCAGGCUCCUCCCUGGCCUCCUCCCCACAGCAGUCAGAGAGCAGUCACCCCCACGAGAAGGAGCACACUACCCCAGACACUGAGGCCGCGGAUGACGUGGGGCAGAAAAGCCAGGAUGUCAGCCUGUGCUUGGAGGACAUCAUGGAGAAGCUCCGCCACGCCUUUCCUAACGUCCGGAGCCCAGAUGUGCCCACCAACACUCUGCUGGCUUCCUGAGGCGUCCCAGCGUCCAUCUCCCACUCUGGAUCCCGGUCUCGGCCCCGGCCACAUCCCUGUCCCUGCCCCAACCGGGCCCAUCCCGUCACCACCAGCCCUCCUCCCUCUCUCAUCCCGCCCCGGGUUAGUAUGUUUCAGGCAGCAGCAGGGUCUUGAGGUAAGAGCAGCCAGAUUUGGGGGGAGUGGAAAGAGGAGGGGCCAGCAAAGGGACCUUCCAACCCUCAAGCUAGCGGUCCACUUCCUGUCCACACUGCCACCGUAUCCCAGGAUACGUUGGGUUGGGGACAGCUAGCCAGUUUGGGGAUGUGAGCGGUCCUGUUCCAUCUUCUACCUGGCACCCGCCCAGGGAUCCUUGCCCUCUGGCCCAGCCCUGGGACCACGUGGGCACGAGCCCAGCCCCUCCCUAGAGAGGCUGGUGCAGAGUGCCCUUUCCCACAGAUGGUCUGCUGCCUGGACCACCUUCCUCCCCGUGCUCCACCCCUCCCACCCCCUAACUCAGCCUCCUCUCACUGGGCAGCCUUUCAGACUAGUCUCACUUGUCCCACUAACCCUCCGUGCCCCAGCGGUGGCACUCCCAGGAGACGAGCGUCAGAGUGCCCUCGAGGACAGGGGGCUCCUUCCGCCUUUGGAAAGCAGCCUUGAUUUUUCCUGGCUCCUAACACCACCUAACAUUUGGGCCUCGUUUGAAAAAAAUGGAAGCAACUCCAGUGGACGUUCCCUCCCCCCUCCUAUUUCUUCAAGGCCUCGGCCUCUGGGGCCAUCUUCCAGCAAUGCCCCGGGCAACCGGGGCUUGCUUUCCUCUGCGGGUCCCCUGGGUCCUGGAGAUCUGUCUGGUCAUGUCUCCUUCAGGGUCGGGGGUGGCAUAUCAGGCCAGGUCUCCAAAGGGGCUUUGUCUCUGCCGCCUCCUCAGGGCAGGCAUUGCAAAGGUGCCACCGUGCCAGUCUGGCCUCUAAGGGCUUUAGGAGGAGGAAGCGGCCCUGGGGCCGCCAUAGUGAUGUUCCCAGGGCCGUGACUGGGCCCAGUGCCUGCCCGGGGCUUCCUCUCUCCCUCCUCCCGGGGCGAUGCGGGCAGCCACCCAGAUGCCAGAGCCCAGCAGAGGUGCCGCUUGUGGCGCCAAGGCUCCAAAGGCUCUCCCAGAGCCUCCAGAGGGGCCCCAAGGGCUUUCCCUUUGCAAAUCCUCCUUUGAUUCUCUCCAUCUAAUGCUGGAUAGCAAAGUCUUGCCAGCCAAACUAACCUCCCCGGGCACAGUGCGGGCCUUGGGCCCAGAAGGGGGCCCGAGUAGGCAGGAGGCUCAGGGCCUCUGGCCCAAACCAGAGCCAACUUCAGCAGCCUUAUACCGGAAGGAGCUCUAGAACAGGGCCCUAGAAUCCAGUCUGGCCAUCUAGCUCUCUCUGCACUCCACCUAGAUCCAUCUCUGGCUGCCCCGUGCCAUCAGUAUUCGCACAUUAAAUCCUAAUACCUCGUGAAGUCCUCACGUUCUGCCUCGCUCUUUGUCAGGCCCGGCCUUCGGCCACGCGGGGGUAGUGCCUGGAUGCCCACGUCCUCAGCUGCUCCUUCAGAACUUCCUCCGGGGGUGGCGCAGGCCACUCUGGGACCCGGGCUCCCGGGCCCCCGGCCCUGUCACUGGAGUCCCUCCAUCACCCCCAGGGCCUAGGGGAGACCAAAUCAAAGUUCUGUCCUGUCCCAGAUCCCCUAGUGUACCAGAAAGGAGACCACUGCCUCUAUUUCUGGCUUUCCCCAUCUCACUCCCCCCAGGUCCUAGGCAAGGCCACGUAGUUGAUUCUUCAGCCCCUUCUCUUCGCGAGGUCUCGCUUGACCUCCUAAAGGAAGCAGAGGCCAAUUUCGCCUUUGGGUGGCCAUAAGACAGGUCAGUGGGUAGAAGAGAAAGAGACUGUCUGCACUUGGGGCAGUCGAGAUGGUGACCAAGCCGGUUCCACUGUCAGAGCUCUUCGAGGCUAGAUGGCCGGGCCUUGGGCUUCCUGACCCAAGCUCAUACCCCGAGGUUGGGGAACCUCCUCCCUGGCCACAAGAGGGAUGAGAACAAUAGAAAGGUGCCAGGGAGAUCAGAGGAGAGCUGAGGGUCUUCCCAGGGGCCCAAGGAGCUGGUGGAUGGAAACAGGAAAGUGCUUGCUCUUUGUCAGGAUGGCUCUGCUCCCCCAGGUGGAUGUCCCAGAGUAUUUUUUUUUUAACCACAAACACCCUGGAAGGAUCCCCCAGGCCCAAGAGCUCAGCCACCUGCCUCCAAGAGGGAGGGAGCCAGGGCAGCAGGGAUGCACGGGGACUUGGUUAGCAGGUGCAGCGGGAGGUGGCGGGGAAGCAGCCCAGCUCCUUCCCCAACGGGGGCUCAGGCCCAUGGUCAUCCCUGUGACCCGAGCGGUGUGUCGCUGUUAUGGGAGAAAUCUUUGAACGUGCCGUAUGUCGUCAGAGCAUCUACUGUGUACCGGGUUCGACGCUGUUGAAUUUCUUGUCACGUCUGCGAGUGCUGGGGUGGGGGUGUCGCUAGCAGCCUACAGAAGGGCUUCUCGUCGUGGGCUUCGCGUAGCUAGCUCUAGGGGCCACGGGUGGCCUGACUUGGCCGGAGUGGCAGGCGAAUGGUGCCGGCGGUGACUGAGGACUGACCGAGUGUUUGCCACGAUGGGUUUGGAGAUGAGCAGUGGAGAAGCGCGUCCACCGCGCCGGGAGCUGGACCGGCCUCGCCCACCUCCGUUCCCACCCAACUCGGCCGGGAGUGGGAAUCACAUCCUCCUUCCCCACAGUGGGCACGGGGCCGGGUUCAGAGGCCGGGGUGGCCUCUGGCCAUGCAUGCAACAGGUGGAGCCAGCACCUUUCAUGAAGUGAGUGUUCAGAAUGGCCUGGGCCCGGCUCCGGAGCUCUUUGGGCCGGGAGCCCAAGGUUCAGAUGAAGAAGGGGGCUGAAGACCUGGCAGGUGUUAAAAAGGAUAUGUGGGGGCCUGACUGGGCUCGAGGAGCCUUCCUUCUUUGGCACCCUGUGAGAAGGGGACACCUUCAGUCCUUUCUUCCCCAGGGAAUACCUGAGUCCUCCCAUCCCCGGCUCCAGUUACCAGGAGGCCGAGGGCUGAGGCAGGGGGAGGGGAUGUUCCUGAAGACUUGGGGCUGGGGGCAAAUUGGCUUCCUUUGGUUACCACUCACCGUGGUGCUGUUUCCUCUUCUAAUUCUGCUUUAGAAAGAAUAAAUUUGUAUUUGUACGCUUU